AUGAUUUAAGAGUUUGAAGUAAGUUUUCAAACAUAUAUUAGAAAUUUAAACUUUCUGCACUCAAUCCUUUUUUAGUUUGUUCUGUUUGCAAUGGAUAUUUUAGAUUUGCACAUACUCUAUCAGAAUGUGGUCAUACAUGUAUUAAAUUUAGAUAUUGAAAGUUUGUUUUGUUUGCAUUUCCAAUAAAAUGUAUUGUCCUAAAUGUCCUAAUAUAUAAAUAACAAAAAAUACAAUUAGAAAGGAUCCUUAUUUAUAAUCAAUAGUUGAUAUGUUAUUUCCAUAAUUCUAAUUAGCUGAUUAAAUCAUUAUAAAUCGUUUACAAAAAUUAUUUGGAAAUAGUAUUGAUUUCAAUGAUUUAUAAAAUCUUCUGGUUGAAAAUAAUAAAAAAAAAAGAAAAAAUCAAAAAUAUGAAUAAAAAUAAGGACUUGUUUAUUUAGUUUAAGAAACUUUUAAUGGAACCAUCUCUUAUGAUUAAUUUAAGGAUAAUAUUUAUGAUGAGUAAAAGUUUAAACAAUUAUUGGAUUAUGUAAGAAAAUAAAAAAUAGCAAGAGAAGAAUAAAAUAUAAAUCGUGUUCCAGGUUAAAAUAAUACAAAUGGUUCUAAAUUAUCAGUUACUAUUAUUGGUAAAACAGAAUAAGAUAAAAAGAUUGCAAAAUUAGAUUGUAAAGUUACUUAUCAUCCAAAUGAAUAAUAAGGAUUAAUUAAAAGAUUAAGAAAAUUGGUUUUGAAAUCAAUUUUAAAAUAAGAUCUUAGUGAUUAAAUUAUUAAUAAAAGCAAAGCCAAUCUUUAAAAUGUAAAAAAUAAAUCAUUAAACUAAUUAGAUUGUCUUAUAUUUUAAGAAUAUUGAUUUAAGAGAUGAUGAAGAUGAAGAGUCAUUAUUUAUAGGAAUAGCUGAUCCAACUAUAGUUUAUGAAAUUUUAUUUAAGGCAUGA